AAGACUGAGAGCAUGUUUACUGUCUGGAGCUACCACAGUGACUGAUUCCUCCCGCUGGAACUCCUCUCUUGACUCAGCGUCCGGAUUUACUGAGAAACUUUAUCCAGGAGACAAGAAAUUGUUGGUUUUGUUAACAGGGCUUGUGCUGUGCUUGCACUGCAUUGUGGGAGUGAAAGCCUCUCUAAACGCUGUAGUUGUCACCUCUUGUCAGAAUGAGGUCCCUAGCCUUCGGCCUCUUCUGCCUGUUGUGCUGCGAUGCAGUCCGCCUGGACAGGCGUCGUCCCAGACCCAUUGCAGCCAGAGGGCGGAAUGAGACAAGUGCCCAGACCAAAGCAGUGGAGAGCUCGUGCAAAGCCACCCCGCUGGAUUUUGUUUUCGUCAUCGACAGCUCCAGAAGCAUCCGCCCCCAUGACUACGAGAAGGUCAAGACCUUCAUCAUCAACCUGCUCCAGUUCCUGGAGAUCGGCCCUGACGCCACCCGGGUCGGUCUGCUCCAGUAUGGCAGCGUGGUCCAGCCCGAGUUCUCCCUCAGCACCUACACCACCAAGGCUGAGGUGGAGCAGGCGGUGAGGAACAUGGAGCACCUCGCCACAGGGACAAUGACCGGUCUGGCCAUCCAGUACACCAUGGAGACGUCCUUCACUGAGGAGGAUGGAGCACGACCAGCAAAGCUGCACAUCCCACGAAUAGCUAUGAUUGUGACUGAUGGGCGGCCUCAGGACACGGUGGAGGAGAUUGCAGCUCAGGCGAGGCAGUCCGGCAUUCAGAUCUUUGCUAUUGGAGUCGGCAGGGUGGAUAUGGACACUCUGAAGACCAUAGGGAGUGAGCCACACUCUGAGCACGUGCACCUGGUGGCCAACUUUAGCCAAAUAGAAACCCUCAUCUCUGUGUUCCAGUCCAAACUGUGCGGAGGUUCAGAGAUGUGUGAGGUGGUGGACCAUCAGUGCGAGCACAUCUGUGUGAGCAGCCCUGCCUCAUACAGGUGCAAGUGCAGGCAAGGCUUCACCCUCAACCCUGAUGGGAAGACAUGUAAAGCUGAAGAUAUGUGUGCUGUGGUGGAACAUGGCUGUCAGCACAUCUGUGCCAACUUACCUGAUGGCUACGAGUGCCGCUGCCAUCCAGGAUACCAACUCACCAUAGACCUGAAGACAUGCAACAGAAUAGACUACUGUGACCUGGGGAACCACGGCUGUGAGCAAGACUGUGUCAGCAUUCCAGAGUCCUACAUCUGCAGGUGUAAGAAGGGCGACGUCCUCAAUCUGGAUGGCAAAACCUGCAGCAAGAUUGAUCACUGUGCUGAUGGCACCCACGGGUGUGAACAAGAGUUUAUGAACACAGAAGACUCCUGUGUGUGUAAAUGCAGGUCAGGCUUCGAACUCAGGCCUGAUGGGAAAACAUGCAAGAAGACUGACCACUGUGCGGAUGGCACCCAUGGGUGUGAACAGGAGUUUAUGAACACAGAUGAUGCCUGUGUGUGUAAAUGCAGGAAAGGCUACACACUCAGGCCUGAUGGGAAAACGUGCAAGAAGAUAGACCACUGUGCUGAUGGGAAACACGGCUGCGAACAGGAGUCUGUGAAUACAGAACAUUCAUGUGUGUGUCAGUGCAGAAAAGGAUUCACACUCCGACCCGAUGGGAAAACAUGCCAAAGUCUGGAUCUGUGUCAGACGGUGGACCAUGGCUGUGAACAUCAGUGUGUCAGCACCAACGAUUCCUACAUCUGCAGAUGUUUUGAAGGAUUUACGUUGGCUGAGGACAGAAAGAGCUGCAAAAAGGCAGAGUGUGGCGAUGGAGUCAUGGAUCUGGUUUUUGUGAUCGACGGCUCUAAGAGUCUGGGCCCUGCCAACUUUGAGCGGGUCAAGCAGUUUGUGAACAGCAUUGUGGACUCGCUGGACAUUUCCAGGGCCGGCACACAUGUUGGUCUCCUUCAGUUCUCCACAAAGGUGCGGACAGAGUUCACCCUGGGCCAGUACGCCACAGCACAGGGCAUCAAACAAGCUGUGUCCCGGAUGCAGUAUAUGGGGAGAGGCUCCAUGACCGGCUCUGCCUUACGCCACAUGUUUGAGUCCAGCUUUUCAGCUAAAGAAGGAGCCAGGUCUAACAUCCCUCGUGUCAGCAUCGUGUUUACUGACGGCAGAUCCCAGGACGAUGUGUCUGAAUGGGCUACAAAAGCAAAGGACUCUGGGGUCACAAUAUACGCUUUGGGUAUUGGCAAAGCCAUUGAACAGGAGCUGAGAGAAAUAGCCUCAGAGCCUGACGAGAAGCACCUUUAUUACGCUGAAGAUUUUGAGCAAAUGGGAGAGAUCACGAAGAAGCUCAAGUCGAGGAUAUGUAAAGACAAACCAUCUGAUGAAAGCAUGUGCCAGUGUGAGAACGUGAUAAUGUUUCAAAACCAGGUGGCUGAGAAGCUGAAGAACCUGGUGCAGAAUAUUGAAGCCAUGUCAAAGAAGCUGGAGACCCUCGAGAAUCAGCUGGUGCUCAAAUGAACGGCUGAGAGACCCCCACCACCACCACCACCACCCUGCAGUGUAGCAUUCACAGGGGAUCCAUUUAAUUUCGCUCCACAAGCUACACUGACUCAUACGCAGAUGCAACGCUUUCUACUGAAGCUAUUUAUACACAUUUGUAUAAAACACAGUGUAUUUUUGUCUGUAAUUUUCUUUGUGUAGUGCCAAUCAGAGGAAUACUUUUGUACAGUAA